GGCAGCGCCGAGGUUUCCCGGCAGCAUGAGCAGCUCGGGUGGGACGGGCGCACCCGCGGGCUCCGCGCCCCCGGCGCAGGAGGAGGGCAUGACGUGGUGGUACCGCUGGCUGUGCCGCCUGUCGGGCGUACUGGGAGCCAUCUCAUGCGCCAUCUCGGGCCUCUUCAACUGCAUCACCAUCCACCCACUGAACAUCGCGGCCGGCGUAUGGAUGAUCAUGAACGCCUUCAUCCUAUUGCUGUGCGAGGCACCCUUCUGCUGCCAGUUCGUGGAGUUCGCAAACACAGUGGCCGAAAGGGUGGACCGGCUACGCUCCUGGCAGAAGGCUGUCUUCUACUGUGGGAUGGCCAUUGUCCCCAUCGUCAUGAGCCUGACCUUGACCACACUGCUGGGCAAUGCCAUUGCCUUUGCCACCGGGGUGCUGUAUGGACUAUCCGCUCUGGGCAAAAAGGGUGAUGCCAUCUCCUAUGCCCGUAUCCAGCAGCAGAGGCAGCAGGCGGAUGAGGAAAAGCUGGCUGAGACCCUGGAGGGGGAGCUAUGAGGCAGGUUGGGGCUGGCAGCCCUCCCUCCCUGCCUGCCACCAUGUGAUUCUGCGCAAGCUCUGGAGGAUGCUGAGUGGCAGCUCUGUGGGAUGGCCUCUGAGGAGUCCCCCAAGUCCCCAAGCUCAGAGUCUUCCUGUGCCUGCCCUGCUCUCCGGGUCUGAUGAGCGUGGAGCCUCUGCUGGUGAUGAGAGCCUGGGCCAUCAGACUUGGGCAGGACAGCACAUCUUGCCGCGGUACUGUGCAGAUGGCCCCAGUUGCCCCUCCCUGGUCCUUUGGGGCCUGAGCAUCGAGGAAACACCCACCCUUGCUUUCCUGGAAGGUGGGGGUUCCCUAUUCUGCCCCUUGCACCUGCUGUCAGCAUAGAGGUUGGGCAGAGCAGUGUCUUGAGGCCAGUUGAUGCUGCCCAGGGACAAGGCCAGUCGUCUGGGAGCCUUAGGUGCUCCUGGGGUAUGCGUAGUGCUCUUUGGUUAGAAUAGGCUUGGCAGAGGCUGGACGGCUGGGCAGAAGUGUUUCCACCCCAGUUCCCUGGAGCCCUGAACAAGGUACUUCAAGACACCCUGCUGCUUCACCUCCCACAGCUCCCUCAGUUUAACCCCCCACCUCUGGCUCAGGCCUCGGUGCUAAGGAAGUGGGGAGAAGCACAGAUGAGGUGCCCACCCAUCCCUCUGGUAUUGUCCUCCUUGUGUCAGCGAUGACCAGUCCCUCAUCAGCAGGGGCUGGGCAUGAACAACCUCAGGUAUUCCUCACAGCCUGCCUCAGGCUCUGCCCUUGGGAGCCUGUAGCCUUUGAAGGGCUGGGCAGAGCUGCCAUCCUCAAAGCUGGCUCCUGCUUCAGGUGCAGGCCAUGAGGAACAAGCCUGCAUGACAAGGGUACAGGGAGUGGCCCUCCUGGGCAUGCCUUUGUUGGCCCCCAUUCUUCCUUUGAACUGUUCUCUUUUUCUCUUGCCCUGUGACCUUGACUCCAGCUGCUGACCAUUAGUGGGUUUGGGGCCAGCCACUAGGCCGUGGUCUGCUGAUAUGGAAACUACUCAGCCCUGUCUCUCUCUUGGCCCUAGCUGGGCCUGCUCCCAGACACAGGGACAGGAGCUUGUUCCAUGGAACCCAGCUCUGGAUCUGUCCUUAAGUAGGAUUUCCUUGGACCGUCGGUGUUUUCAGCCAGGAGCAGUGGGCCUUCUGGUUGGGAAUAGGGACACUUUGGACCCCACUCAGAGUUGCCCUGGCAAUAUCCCCAUGGGCUCAAGGGUCAGCAGCAGUUCCCCAGGGAUGUCACAGUGUAGCUGGCUUGCUAGGGCAUGUGCCUUCAGGGUUCCUCUGGGGCCACCUUUCCUGAGCCAAUGCUAGGCUGAAAGGGCUUUGUGCACGUGUGUGUGUAUGUGUGUGUGUGUACGGGUGCGUGCAUGUAUGCGUGCGUGCGUGUGUGUAUCCACACGGUGAAUAUGACCUACCUCCCAAGAGGAACAAGGGCCCUGCCUACCCCUCUCUGCUCCCUUGUCCAGGCACAAGACUCUGGGUCUGGGAUCACAUGGGUCCAGGCCUCUGGCCCCUGGCAGAAGGACAUGACUGGCUGCAGGUGUGGAAAAGGGAGUUGUCUUUGUGUCCAGAGGAAUCAGACCCCACCCCGAGGGGAGAUCUGCUGGGUGAGCAUGGGGUGGGCCAGAAAGGUGGAAGGGCCGGCCCUCAGAUACUGGCCAGAGCAGGGUGUUGCCCUGCACUGCGGUUCCCAGCAGGUCUGUGGCGGGGCGGCUCUGGAGCCCGUAACUGGCCUGCCUCCCAGCACGGACACCAUCCAGCCAGGCCGGAUGGGCUGCUGUGCCUCGUUUCAGCCUGUGCCUGGUUCUGCGUCCCCUUCGUCUGCUCGUUGUUCUUUGAUGAGUAAUUUGCAUUUUUGAGUAAAGCAACUCUGUAGUUAGUA